AUGAAACAGUUCGACACUGAUGCGCUCGAACUUGUCGAGAAAAUCUCAGCACUCCAGGCUCCCGUUGAUGCCGCUCAAGAACAACUCAACACACUCUUAGCAGCCAAGCACAAUCUUCAAAUGACUAAGACUAAGCUUGAGCUUCUGGAUACUGGCAUCAAGACUAACAAGUUCAACAAGCCUAUCGAGGCGCUUGAUCAAAAGAUUUAG